UGAUCAUCACUAGCUUUGCAACAGCUUUGCAGCUAACACAGCUUCUCCACUCAAGAACGAACAUAAACUCUGCAGCUUCGGUCGUUGCACUUACCCAACUUGACUAUUGUCCUAGAGUUCCUUCAGAAAUCCAAGCAGUAUGUUUCUUCUACCAGAACAUGAAGGUAUUAAGUUCCCAAAGCUGCCUAUGGCAAAUCAGAAUGCGAUAGACACAUGGACUUCACAACCCUCAAAUCCCCAUUCUUCUCCUGGAAACAGGCCUCAGGUCCUUCUCCCCUUUCCUCUAACCAUCAUGCCGAAUCCGCCCGUAAUCAGAAACCCUAGCACCAUCCUUCCACCAGUAAGAACUUAAGUUCCAAACCCCCGCCUUAUGGCAAACAAUAAACGCCUUCACUUCUUGCU